AUGAAAUCCAAAAAGCGUCACCACAAUUCAUCUGAUGAGUCCGAAGACUCUGAUGGAAGUGUACAAUCGAGUAGUUCGUCAGAUAGUGAUAGUGAUGAUUCUUCGGUGUCGGAAACCCGCUAUAAGAAAAAACGAAAACGUGCUAACAACUCUUCCGAAUCCGAAAGCAAUUCUGAUGACCAAAAGCGAUCCAAGAAACGUAAGCAUAAGAAGAAGAAGAAGAAACAUGGCAAGAAGAAGAGGCGAUCGCAUUCUUUAGAAGACGUUACCGACGAUAAUAUUUCUAUAAGCGAGGGUGAAAUAUCUGUGAAAAAAAAGCGGAAGCAUAAACAUAAGCACUCGAAACGGUCACAGAGUUCUGGAAGUGAAGAUGAGUUGGAGCGGCAUAGUGAUCGGCGGCUAAUGAGUGUAGUUAAGGAAAGACGUGGAUCUUCAGAUGAGGGUAGUCAACCUUCUCGCACUUACUAUCAGAAAGAAUAUCACGGUUCAAUGCAUCCUAAAGAGUAUGAUAUUGAGCCAGAUUCACAAAAGUAUUACAAGGAACCCAUGAGGGAACAUGGCUAUCAAGAUUACCAAGAUUAUAGGGACAGAAGUGACAGAUAUCAAGAUGACAAUCGUCAAAGGGAGAAAUAUGGCCACAGUUCACAAAAUGCUGAUUAUGGAGGACAGAGAGAAUAUAAUGUCUAUAAAAGACCAUCGAAAUACGAGUCUAGACCGGACGAAGUCUAUAGAAAAGAAAGAGAUGAUGCAUAUGCUCCCAAGGAAGAUAUGAGAGGUCAUCCGAAAUAUCCUCAGAGGUAUGAUGAGAGGCCACCAAAGAGAUUUGAUGACAACCGUGAUUACCGUGACAGACGUGUACAAGAAGCUGAUCGCUACAGAGAGAAGGCUUAUGAAAAGAGAGAAAAAUAUGAAGGAGAGAGAGUUUCAAUGGAAAGGGGACGUGAAAUGCAUCGCGAUAGACCAGCCAGGAUUGGGAAACCGCUGCACCAAAGAGAGGAAUCAAGAUCAAGAAGUCCGGAUGAACGAUACAGGGAAAGGAACAGAGAUAGAAAUGAUCGGUACAGGGGAGAAGAUACUAGGAGGGGGGAGGAUAGAGGAGAACCGAGGAGGGGGGAGGAAAGAGGAGAACCGAGGAGGGGCAGGAACCAGCCACAGAGGGAAAGGAGAACCAGAUUCGACAAAGCCAAUGAUAAUAAAGAAUACACAUGGGGCAAGACGGAGGUUAAGAAGGAAGCAAAGAACCCCGCUGAUAAAGAAAAACCUAACUUUGGGUUGUCAGGGAAGUUGACUGCUGACGCUAACACUGUGAACGGAGUAGUCAUCAAGUACACCGAGCCUGAUGAUGCUAAGCAACCCAAGAGACGGUGGAGGUUCUAUCCGUUCAAAGGCGACAAGGCUCUCCCGAUUCUUUACAUCCAUCGCCAGUCAUGCUUCCUCAUCGGCAGAGAUAAAAAAGUAGUCGACAUAGCCCUUGAACACCCAUCCAUAAGCAAGCAACACGCGGCGUUGCAGUACAGAGCGACGGCCUUCACUAGGGAUGAUGGAACUCAGGGACGACGUGUCAGGCCUUAUAUUAUAGAUUUGGAAUCGGCGAACGGAACGUUCGUGAACAACAAGAAGAUAGAGGCCCGCCGUUACGUGGAACUUCUCGAACGAGACGUCGUGAAGUUCGGCUUCUCGGCGCGGGAAUACGUGUUGCUUCACGAAAACAGCAAGGACGAGGGCCAAGACGACGACCAGGAGCCCGCGGUCACUGAACCCACUGGCGUCACUACCGUGGACCAGCUCAAGAGGGAGAAGCACGCCAAGGAGGCGGCCGCCGCUGACGGGGAGUAG